GGGGGCGGGACUUCCGGCAGCGCAGGUUGGACAUAAAGUGACAGACAUCACCUCCUUAAAAUUGGAAGAAAAACCGAAGGACGACGCAAUACAAGUUUUAAAACAAUUGUAAUGAUUUUCAGACAUGGACGACAUAAACCUUCAUUAUCGCUUUCUGAACUGGAGGAGGCGAAUUCGAGAAAUUCGUGAAGUGCGAGCUGUGCGAUACCGGGAGCGGCUGAAAAGGAUGCUGAGAGAUGGUGACAUACUCAGGUAUCAUGGGAAUUCAGAUGAAGUUGGCUGUUUUGUGGCGGCACGGCCAUUGUCGAGAAGAAACCGCUAUUUUGAAGUGACCAUCAUCGAUACAGGAGUGAGAGGAAUGAUUGCUGUUGGUUUGGUACCUCAGCUCUACAAGCUGGACCAUCAGCCGGGCUGGCUCCCGAACUCUGUGGCUUUUCAUGCCGAUGAUGGCAAGCUGUAUAAUGGCAACACUGUGGGACAGCAGUUUGGUCCAAAAUGCUGCAGAGGUGACAGAAUCGGCUGUGGAGUAUCUCUGGACGCUGAGGAGGGACAGCUAACUGUGUUUUUUACCAAGAAUGGCAAAGACGUCGGCAGUGUGGAAAUCCCAGCGUCUCCUGAUGCUCUCUACCCCGCUGUGGGAAUGCACUCUUUGGGGGAAGAAGUGCUGCUGGACCUGAACGCUGAAUGGGGGAUGGAGGAGGAUGAUGGACAGAUGAUUGUGGAUAGUCAUGAAGAGGACUGGAGCCGUCUCCAUGACAUCAAGGUGACCGGCACGCUGCUGGAGUAUGUGGGCAAAGGGAAGAGCAUCGUGGACGUGGGCUUGGCUCAAGCCCGUCGGCCUCUCAACACACGCUUCCAUUACUAUGAACUGGAGAUCACAGAUGCUGGAGAAAAGUGCUACAUCGCCCUGGGUCUGGCACGCAGGGACUACCCCAAAAACAGACAUCCAGGCUGGAGCAGAGGGUCUAUAGCCUAUCAUGCAGAUGAUGGCAAGUUGUUCCAAGGCAGCGGGGUCGGGGACGCGUUUGGACCACGCUGCUUUGAAGGGGACAUUAUGGGCUGUGGAAUCAUGUUUCCACGCGACUACAGCCUUGAUGGUGGAGAUGACGUAGACGACUGGGACUUCGAAGUGAUUCCCAAACCCAGCGAGGUUCAGAAUGACUUGUAUGCGAACAAUGAAGAUGAGGAGGAUGAGGGAGAAGACAUGGAGGGGAGGAAGGUCACGGUGUUCUUCACCAGAAAUGGAAAGGUCGUGGGCCGGAGGGAAGUGGCCUUACCCAUAGGAGGGUUGUACCCCACGAUUGGCAUGAUGAGCACCGGGGAGAAGGUCAGAGUGGACCUGCACCCUCUCAGCGGCUGAGCAGAGUGAAGGAAAACUGAGCGGAGAAAUCAGAGCAGUGACAAAUGAUUGAGCACUCGAUCAGAUAAUAAAUAAUACCGCCACAGCAACAGGCUCCAAAGGUGUUACUUGAAAAGUCACUCCAGUGUGGAAGGUGACUGUGGCUCCCUCAUGCUGUCAGAAUGAUCAGAACAAUGCAUGUUAAUAUCACAUGCGUGCUUUAAAGAAGUGCUUUAUAAUUAAAUGGUUUCAUAGGAAAAAAUUAAACCAGAGGUUUGUUUAGGUGACACGCAUCAUCGCAGAGUAAAGUUCAUGAAAUAACAUAAAAAGCCAAAAAAAAAAAAAAGGCUCUCGCCAGGACAGUGAAUGUAAAAAAAAUCCAAUCAAUGUCGACUCCAGCAAACAAGUGGACCCUCUUAUCAGCAACAGAAUGCAGUAUGUCAGCAGUAAUGUAGCUCCACUCUCACCACUCGCAGCCGCACUGUGCUCAUUACCAGAGGUCUGCUGUGCUUCCUCCUAUCGAUGGUGUGUUACUGACACUCAGUGGUGAGAGUGAUAGCUUGAAAAAUAAUGCUCAGAAAGUCUUCCAAAAAAAAGAAAAGAAAAAAAAGCAGUAUGCGCAGACUGAACGGUGAGUUUACUCUGUGAUGCAAAGUCAGCUGCUUUAUGAGUGGUUCUGUACAAGUGUGAGUGCUUGUUGUAUCGUGGAGUCAUUACUGCAUGUUUUGUGGCAGCUGUGCGGGCCACAUGCAUCAGGAAUUAUGGGAUAAUUGAAUGUAAGUUGAAACCAGAUUAUUUUGGUUUUAAUGCCAAGGUAAAGCAAAAUUCCAAAUUUUAUGAUAUCAUGAGUAGCUGUUGUUUAAUCAGGUAUGAUUUUGACCUAAUUGAGAACAUACAAUAGACGAGAUGUACUGUCAUAACGUGCAGGUAUAAUCACUCCAAAGUCUUUGUGAGAAACAUUUGUCAUGUCAGCAGAUGUUCAUGAAGCCAUACUGUAAAACUUGAUGCUGUCAGGUAUCUUUGAGAAUCAAAAUUACAUACCUUGUCUUUUCUAUGAUUGUUUUUGUGAUUUUGCUGUAUGUUCAAGUCAACCAGCGAUGGCCACAAACCUGUAAUGCAUUUUUUGGGGGGGGGGUGGUUAUUGUUAUUUUCUUAUUGAAUCAAUAUCUUUGACAUUGAAGCCUGUUAAAGUAGAAGUGACACCAAAUUUCCAAAUACACCUACCUUUUUUUUUUUUUUACAAACAGAGGUAAAGGCUCUGCUGCUGGUAUCAGUUCACACAUGUGCUACAACUUGUGAAUCAUUUAAAAAAAAUAUAUAACAAGAAGCUGUUAAUUGCAAUAUUUUUUAAAGUCUGACAUUAACAGAUACAAUAAUUUAUGUUUUACAACCAGACUGUUGUUGAACAUUUGACCUGAUGAGCAAAGUGCCUGUGUGAGUAGCUCCAGUCUGGACCCUUAUCAGGUGAUCCUUGUAUGUGUGUGGCAUGUGUCAGUUCACAAGUUUGUGGAGCUACAUUCACACUGAAAAACUUCUUAUACACCUCAUAGUAAAAGUGCCAAAAACACAUAAGGAUUCAUUGCGUCCAUGAAGUGUCCUCCUGGUCAGCAAAAAAUGUAAAAGACAGGUGUUCAUGUGAUGCUCAACUGCUGCUAACUGUGUGCCGAGGAAACAUGCACAUCAUCAUAUCAGCCUGUACUGUAGACAGGGUGUACUCAUGUCCCACUUUUCACUGUCAUUGUCCAAUUUUGUGUUUAUGAUCAUCUUAGUUCACAGGAGCUAAAUUUGAUGUUCUGCUGCUGUUGGCUGUCUGCCACACGCUUUUAAUAUUUAGCCCAUUUAUCGUCUGUGUAUUUAAUCAUGAAUGAAGUUUAACAUCAGUCUCUCCCAGUCCAGCCCUUAUUGUGUACAUCCUGUCUUAUAUGUUUGUAUUUCAUUUUGCCUUUUCUCUCCUUCGUCGUCUCUUUUCACUUAAAUCAAUCAGGUAAACAUGCCAAAAAUAGUUUUCAUGAAUAAAUAUUUACACCCUG